GAAGAAGAAGAAGAAGAAGAAGAAGAAGAAGAAGGAAACCAAAGAAGAAGAAGAAGAACGCUACAGUUGCAUGCGACUGUUGAUGCUGCUAACAAGAGGACAGAGUUGGUGUUAGCAGAAAGAAUCAACAUGGCAACACCAGUGUCUGUGCUACGGUUGCCCAAAGGACCUGACCCCAACAGCCGCGGAUUUGACCCCAAAUCGGCACGCUUCAUCGCUCUCUGUCGCACCUCCAUUUCCACUUCGGCUGAGUCAGAGAUGGACGCUGAGCAGCUGCAGAGAGAGCAGCACGCAAGAUCUGUGCUGAGAGAGAGUUUCCUCAGGUGUCUCCUCUCCACAGCCAACAAGAAGGUUCAGUUCCACAUGUAUGAGAAGGUGAAGGUGGAGGCCACAUUUGGAGCAUCUGACAUCGACGUGCUGAACUUUCAGGUGUCGGAUCUGCAAACUCCCAUCGGGGUGCAGAAAGAGGCACUGAUCAGGUUUCAGGAUGUAAUUUCGUACACAUUUGACGUAUGAACACUUUUGGAUUUGCAGUCACCCACCAUUGUGCUGGAACUGAGGUAGUCUAUAAAGUUGGUUAUAUUUUUGUUGAAUGGUGAGGCUGUAUGUUGUGUUUUCAGUAUUUUUUCAGUGACUGCAUUCAAAGACCCAGCACUGACAAGCAGUUCCCCUUUUACAGCACAAGAGGGCGUUAGAUACCUGUGUUUCAAGAGUUAUGUCAGACCUUAAUGCAAGAGCUUGUUCAGAUUUGCACCGGGGUGUUGGUGAUGCUGUUGAUAGAGUCAGAUAUCAGCAGAUUUGUGACAAGGUAUUGAUUAAAACACUGAUGAUGUGAUGAUGCUCUGCUGAUGAGUACUAGUGCUUUCAGAAUAUCUUUACUCACAAGAACAUUUUGGGAAGCAACUGAUCAUUUUUACAGGUAUUUCUCUCAGCUGCAACGGUUUGAUUAGUUCAGUAAGUUGUAGUGCUUAAUGAAAAACUAGAAAAAGACAACAUCAAACCAGACACUCACACGAUGUGUGUAUGUACAGCACAGUACAUUUGUAUGUCACCCAUUUCUGCUCUGCACCGUGCGGCUUUCUGUAGGCCGUUAGCACAGUUGUCUCUCUGUGAAAGAUGUGAAAUCAAGUUAUUAUUCAUGAUUGUGUUGACAAAUUACGUCUUGUGUCAUGUAAAACUGAAGCAAAUGAAACAUUGCACUUCUUUUGAGUUAACUAUUUUUGUAUUUCAUUGUCCAUUUUGUAUUCGGUUUAGAAAAAUUAUUAAAACUGAGCACUAAUGUACAAUAUUUGGAUUUCCAGCUACAUGCAUAACUUAUACUGGAUGUAUCAGGUACUUAAAAGAACUUGGAAGAUGUUGGCUGUCAAAGGUUGGGGCACUGACCUUCAGCAGAAAGGCUUGUUCAUGCACCUGUGUCAGCAAGUAGCCACCCCGCUGAGGGGCCCUUGAGCAAGACAUUGAAUACCUACCAGCUCCAGGUUUGCCAUACUGUAGCUGACCUGCCUUCAUGAAGAAGAGAGCCAAAAUAUUUCUUUUCUGAUGCAAUCACUAGAGCAACACAGUGUUUUGACUAUUACAGCAUUAUGCAGACCUCAGCACUGAUGUUUUUUGGCCACACAGGCCAUCAUCAUGAGCAGGUAGAGAUGUUCUAUUUUACAAUCAUUUUAGGUCUGAUGUCAUCACUCUAAUUAAUGCAGCUGACCAAUCAGCUGGCACACCUGGCAUUUACAAGAUGUUGUUUCCAAACACCUCUACCUGCUUCUAAUGGCGGUUAAAGAAAAAGUGAAAACUUAAAACUGCAAAUAAAUCUUUGUUCUUUU